AUGGCACAAGUUAUUGGCUGGGAACUUCGUGCUUUGUGGCUUGAAGGAGCUCGAGAAAAUUAUGCUGCAGGUCCUCACUUAGGACUUGAUUGUUGGUCUCCUAAUAUUAAUAUCAAUCGAGAUCCUCGAUGGGGACGUAGCAUGGAAACUCCAUCGGAAGAUCCCUUAGUCAAUAGUAAAUACGGUGUAGCUUACACGAGAGGAUUACAAGAAGGUAAAGAUAGUCGUUUUUUACAAGCAGUCGUAACAUUGAAACAUUAUGCGGCAUAUUCGUACGAAGAUUAUGAUGGAAUUGACCGCAUGGCAUUCAAUGCUGUCGUGUCGAAAUACGACUUUGCAGACACGAACUUACCGGCAUUUCAAGCGUCCAUUGUACAGGGCAAGGCCAAGGGUAUCAUGUGCUCGUACAAUAGUGUCAAUGGCAUGCCCAUGUGUGCCAAUGAACAGCUGAAUACCAAGAUACUACGUGACGCACUGGGAUUUGAUGGAUACAUUACUAGUGAUUCAGGUGCAAUUGAAGGAAUUUAUCACUCGAGACAUUACACCAAAUCACUGUGUGAAGCCGGACGGCUUGCUAUUUUAUCUGGAACGGAUAUCAACAGUGGCAGUGUGUACCAGAAGUGUCUGGCGAAGCUCGUGACUAGUGGACAGCUUCCUGAGAAGGUGGUGGACGAUGCGCUAAGAAGGACGCUAAAGCUCCGAUUCCAGCUGGGGUUAUUUGAUCCUAUUGAUGAUCAGCCGUACUGGCAUGUAGCACCAAGUGAAGUCAAUACGGCGAAAUCUAGAAAACUGAGUCUUGACCUCACCCGUAAAUCGCUGGUUCUGCUGCAGAACCACGGCAAUAUCUUGCCCCUAAGCAAAGGGAAGAAAUUAGCAGUAAUUGGACCGCACGCACAAGCCAAGCGUGCUCUAUUAGGCAAUUAUCUUGGCCAAGUGUGCCACGGCGACUACUUGGAGGUGGGGUGUGUACAAACACCACUAGAAGCGAUAACAACUGCGAACGGUGCCUCAAACACUGUUUACUGUAAAGGCUCUGGCAUUAAUGACACGUCUACCGCAGACUUUGACGCCGCAGAAGCAGCUGCACGCGGAGCGGAUGCUGUAGUUUUAUUUCUGGGAAUUGACACGUCGAUUGAGCGCGAGUCGUGGGAUCGUAACAACAUUGAUAUACCCCAUAUUCAGAUGCAGCUUCUCAAACAAGUUCGUCGUGCAGGCAAGCCAACGGUGGUAGUGCUGUUUAAUGGCGGCAUUUUGGGCGCUGAGGAGCUCAUCUUGCACACUGAUGGUCUUCUAGAAGCGUUUUAUCCUGGAUUCUUUGGUGCCCAAGCUGUGAGCGACAUACUUUUUGGAGACGCUAUCCCAAGUGGCAAACUACCGGUUACCAUGUACCCAUCCAACUACAUUCACAAGGUGGAUAUGAAGAGCAUGAGCAUGACUAAAUACCCUGGCCGCUCAUACCGCUACUACCAGGAGGUACCUGUCUUCCCGUUUGGCUGGGGUCUGAGCUACACUAAAUUCACCUUUGCUCUCGACCGAAACAGCAAAAUGGCGGACCCGAACGAAGCUCUCAUAGUGACGCGUGAUUUGGACCAGUCCGUCGCCAUCAUCGUAUCAAAUGACGGCAAUUUUGUUGGAGAUGAAGUCGUGUUUGCAUUUUUUCGUCCACUGAAAGUAAAUGCGACCGGCAACGCUGCUUUAUUGAAUGAACAAUUGUUCGAUUACCGUCGCGUGAGUCUACACCCCACGCACUACCAUAAGCUUAGUUUUCGCAUUCAGCAAAGAACCCUUGCAAUGGUGGAUGAUAUGGGAAACCAGGUCAGUAUCCCUGGUUUCUACGAAGUCAUUUUAACUAAUGGGGUGUAUGAGCGCGUGACGUUUGCGAUUCACUUGGUCGGAGAAAAUGAAAUCUUGAACCACUUUCCGACGGACGAGAACUACGUUCGAAUGUCAGCUCGACCACCUAUCGAUGACAUGCGUUUGGAUGCGAUGCGCGCGUUUGCGAACGUUCCAGUACGUCCAGGAGGAAAGAAAUCCGAGGUAGUCAUGGCUUUUGCCUAA